CAAACAAAUUCAGGCUCUUCCUGUUAUAUUAUUACAAACAUGGCAUCUACACCUGCAGAACAACAACAACAACAACAACAACAUGAAUUAAACUUUCCUUCUGAACAGCCUACAAUUGGAACACCGAAACCUGUAGACGAUGAUAAUGACGAUCUUCAUACCACGAAAAAGCAAAAAUUGGAUCAUUUAGCUUCUGCAACAUUAUCACCAUUAUCAACAUCAUCUUUAUCACCUUCUUCGCAGCAACAACAAUUACAGCAACAAGAAUCUACACAAUCAAUAGAGCCGAUCACUACUAUGGAAUCAUCACCUACGGCCGCAGCACUAGCAACUAAUACACCUUUAGCGUUCAAUGACACUCCAACAGAUUCACAAAAGGAUGCAUCACAAACAACUUCUACAGCAGCUACUUAUGGAAGCCCUGUCGACACAGCCACUCAUUCACCGGAAACUUUAGAAAUCAUCAGCAAUGAAGGUUCAUCACCACCACCUUCAGCAUUUGCAAAUGGAACUGGUAUCAAUCUUAAUCAAUCUAAACCUAGGAAACAGAAAUCUUCAAGAGGAUCGUCACCAUCACCAUACAGCUUUGCUUCAUCAUCCAAUUCAAACAUGACUCGUGAUCAAAUCAAAUAUUGUGGAGCUAUCAUGCGAAAUCUCAAAAAACAUCGUGACGCGACACCUUUUAUUCAUCCAGUGGACUAUGUGAAACUCAAGAUACCGGAUUAUCCUAAAAUCAUCAAACAUCCUAUUGAUUUGACUACCAUAGAUCGCAAAUUACAACACGGAGAAUACAAUGAUGUCAAUGAAUUUGUGGCUGAUAUUCGUUUACUUUUCAACAAUUGUUACAAAUUCAAUGGCCCGGAAGCUAUGGUCUCUAUGCUUUGCCAAAAUGUCGAAUCCGCUUUUGAAAAAAGUUUACGUCAAAUGCCACCAUCCAAAGAUUCACCUUCAGCCAAUGUCUCACCUGAUGUCAAGGAAGGAUCUGUACAGCACCAACAACAUUCACCAUUACAUGGCACCAGUAGUUUCCGACGUAUCAGCGAAGACAGUCGACCUAAGCGUGAGAUCCAUCCUCCACCUUCCAAAGAUUAUCCUGAAACCAUGACAAAACAACGACGUCGGCGUAGUAAUGGAGCACAUACUGGAGCAGCAGGUACAAGUGGUGGAAGAAGAAGGAAAAUGGAUGCACAACUCAAAUUCUGUGGCCAAGCAAUACGAGAACUCAAGAAAAACAAGUAUCGCGAUAUCAACUAUCCAUUCUUACAUCCAGUGGAUGCUGUGGCUCUCAACAUCCCUGAUUAUCACACUAUCAUUACUCACCCUAUGGAUAUCAGCACCAUUGAACGACAAUUGAACGAAGGCGAAUAUGAUUCUCCUGAAAGUUUUGAAAGUGAUGUACGUUUGAUGUUCAACAAUUGUUAUCGAUACAAUCCACCUGCUCUACCUGUACACAAGAUGGCUAAGGAUCUAGAAAAGGUCUUUGAUGAAAAAUGGAAGCAUUUACCGGAACCAGAACCAAGUCCUCCUCCUCCUUCACCUCCACGACCCACUCAAUCUUCUGUGAUUACAAGAAAGGCCGAUUCUUAUUCUACUGAAGAAGAAGAAGAAGAAGAAAAUGUAUCGGAUGAUUCUGAAGAUGAUCGUGAUGAUCGUAUUGCAGAAUUGGAACGACAUAUUGCCAACAUUUCACAACAAAUUGCAUCCAUCAAAUCCACAAAGAAGAAAUCAGAUCGAAAGUCAACAGCAGGCGUCAAACGUAAAUCAAAACAAAGUACAACAUCAGCCCAUAGAAAGACAUCUAAAGAAAAAGCACCGCCUAAACCACGUCGAAGAGCACCAAAACAACAAAGGAAGCCAUCAUUAGGUAGCGAAUUACCUGAAUUCACAUUUGAACAAAAGAAAGAGCUUAGUGAAAGUAUCAACAAUUUGACGGGUGAACGACUUAAUACAGUGGUGAAUAUUAUUCAAAGCUCGAUGCCUAAUUUGGACGGGGGACAAGAAGAAAUUGUAUUGGAUAUUGAUGCUCUGGAUCGCAAAACUCUACACAGAUUACAUGAAUUCGUCACAGGCAAAAGUUUGAUUCGAAGACCAACAUCGGCACAUGCAAAACAUACCAGUAAGAAGCAAAAAAGUUCAGAAAAUGAACGACGUAUCCGUGCUUUGGAGGAAUCCUUAAAACAAUUCAGUUCUGGUGCAUUACCAAGUCAUGGCAAUCAUACUUCUAGUGAAAGUGACUCGGAUAGUUCAUCAGAUUCUGAUUCAGAUGAUUCUGGUAGUAGUUCAGAAUAAACGCCCUUCCCUUGCUUUAUAGUAUAAAUACCAUUUUUUUACACUGACCGUUUACAUAUUUGUUAGUUAUACAUUCAAGUGUUUCCUUCUCUUUUUUUUUUUUUUUAUAGUUAUCUC